AUGGCCCAAGACGAACACCCGACAAAGCCCGUGCCAUCUGGCGCGUGGGACACACACCACCAUAUUUUUGAACCUGAUCGCUUCCCAUUUGCAGAAGGACGCCACUUCACCCCUUCGCGUGCGUCACUCGAACAAUUGAAGGAGUUCGAAAAGAGCAUUGGUGUGGAUCAUGUCUGCAUUGCUCAUGGUCUUUCAUAUGGUCCCAACUGCACUUCUCUUCUCCACUACCUGGGCUCUUUCAACGGCGCAGCUCGGGGUAUCUGUGUCUUAGAUCUAGAGACUGUCACAGAUGAACUCCUCGACGAAUAUCAUGCCGCCGGUGUGCGCUCAGUGCGCUUAGAUUUCUUCCGCUUCAAAGCGAUGAAUGAUGUGGAAAUUCAGACCGAGCUCAUCACGAAGACGGCUGGGCGUCUGGCUCGAUGGGGCAAGCCCAACUGGAGCAUCCAAAUUCAACAGCCGAACCUCAAAUAUUGGCCGCGCUUGCGUCAGGCUAUCAAUGCCAGCCCGAUCCCCGUGGUGGUGGAUCAUUUUGCCUUGAUCGGUGGUAGCAGCUUCCUUGCAAAUGACAAGUCCUCGAUUGUCCAGAAUGAUUCUUACCUGCCCGAGGAAGAUAGGGCUGGAUUGAAGACUCUCUGCCAGACACUGCAGGAAGGAAACUUAUGGAUCAAGCUCUCUGCUCCAUACCGGUGCUCCGACCUUGACCCGGGCUUUGUCGACUUGAAGUGGCUAGUCAGGCUCUUCGUGGAUGCUAAUCCCAAGCGAGUGGUUUGGGGAAGUGACUGGCCUCACACGCAACGUCAUAAGGACCGUGUUGGAAAGUCCUCGACUAGUGAGGAACCUUUCUUGAAGGUUGACGAUAAAGGGUGGAUUGAAGCGAUGAGCCGCAUGAUGUCAGCGGAGGAGUGGCAGCUUAUGUGGGUUGAGAACCCUAACACUUUGUAUGAUAAUGCUCCCUGA